AACGAGUCUGUUCCCACACUGAAGAGACUUGAACCCAGGGACACUCCACAGAUUGUUGUUGAGGGUAUCGCAUCAGAAACUGCAAAAAUGGUUGAGAGGUUUGUUGGGACGUGGAAGAUGGUCUCCAGUGAGAACUUUGAUGACUACAUGAAAGCAAUUGGUGUGGGAUUUGCGACCCGGCAGGUGGGGAAUCGGACCAAGCCCAAUCUGGUCGUGACCGUGGACGAUCAAGGGAAUGUAUGCAUGAAAACUCAGAGCACCUUCAAAACUACUGAAAUAAAAUUCAAGCUCAACGAGCCAUUUGAGGAGACGACCGCUGACGACAGGAAGACAAGGUCCGUGGUGACUCUGGAAAACGGCAAACUUGUGCAGAAACAAAGCUGGGAUGGCAAAGAAACGAAUAUCGAGAGGGAGAUCGCGGAUGGGAAAUUGAUAGCGAAAUGCGUAAUGGGAGACGUGGUCGCAGUGAGGACAUAUGUAAAGGAGGCGUGAGGGGGGGUGCCUUGAGCCCUCUCGUCAGAUGCAUUGCAGGAUGACAGUCAGGCUCAGUUCAAUGAGCUUAAUACCAAAUUAAAGUAAUGGCGUGUUCUGCUCUUCCUAUUCUUUUAUCUUCACUGUGUUGCCAAAAUCAAAUUUCUGUGCCUCUGUUCUCCAACAUGACACAUUUGGUUUCAUUUGGAAUUGUUGUGGUGAUUUGAAAUAAAAUGAGAUUUUGUCGAAAAA